AUGGAUGGUCCAGUCGUUCUUGGUCGCAUAUCAGAUGUUCAUAGUGCUGGGUCAUUUGCUACAAUCGGCUGCUUCGGAAACUUCGUCCUUCCUGGUAUCGUUGUUGAUAAAGUGGGCGAGAUCUCGCUUCCGCUGUCGCCGCAUGAUGCCCAAGCUCUCAUUCAGGCGAGUCAUCAGGCACCAUUUGGGAAGGGAAACCAGACCUUGGUUGAUGAAGCAGUGAGAAAGACAUGGGAAAUCGAUGGACGCAAGGUGUCCUUCUCCAACAAGGCAUGGCACGGUUGGCUGGACGGUGUUGUCGGAACGGUAGCGGAAGAGCUUGGAGUAGCUGGCGGCCGGAACAGUGUCCGAGCGGAGCUCUACAAGAUGCUACUCUACGAGAAGGGCGCCAUGUUCAAGCCUCACAAAGAACGUCGAACAUGUUUGGAACGCUUGUUAUCUGCCUUCCUUUCCGAACAUGUCGGUGGUGUAGUCCGCCUAACACACGGCCAGAAGGAAAAGAUCUUUUCUACCGCCGAGUUCUCUGCUUUCAACAUGACCUAUAUUGCUUGGUAUGCAGAUGUUACCCAUGAAGUUGAACCUGUCGAAUCCGGUAAUCGAUGGAUCCUCAUAUACAACCUCGUCAAUACCUCAUCCGGCUUUCCCCAAUCUGCUACUCGACUUGAGGCUCAGAGAGCCCGCUUCUGUCAAACUCUUGCAGAAUGGCGUAACCUUGACGAAGAAUGCGAGUGCCUUUGCUAUGUUUUAGGUCACCAAUACACGAAUGCGGGGCUCAAACUGGUGAAUUUAAAGGGCGACGAUUAUUGCCGCACUCGUUAUGUCGCUGACAGUUGCGCAGAAGCUGGCGACUUUUGCGUCUUUCUCGCUAGCCUGCAGAAGGUGGUGACAUUUAUGAACGAUGAGGGAGGCAAGGAAGAUGCGGAGUCUGAACUUCGACUUAAUCGCAUUGUUGACCUAGAAGGGUUUCUGCUUCGGGAGUCUCUUCUUAUUCCCGAUGACUAUAUCUUGCAGGACGGGCUCUACGAUUCUAGGGAUCCCGACGAGCAAACUGGAGGAGAAUAUAUGGGAAAUCAACACGCCGAGUUCGACCAAUUUUACAAUGACACGGCAAUGCUCAUAAUUCCUAAAUCUCUGGCAACAGACUUUCUUCUUGGGAACGGCCAUAACCUGGGCGACUUUCAAGGCCUUCUUCAGCGCCUUCAAAAAUGUUUCAAGAUGCAAAAUAACGAUCCGCGUAUCCGCGAGUUGAUCGUUCAGACUUGCCAGAACCAUUUAACAACAGUUUAUCCGGAUAGCGGGACGAAAGACUUGUUUUUAGGUCCGAUAGCCAUUGCGGGGAUGGUCAUUGCCGACCAAGGCCUUUUCCGUAAUGCUGUCCAUUUGGUCACAGAUGGUUUCGACGAAAAUACUUUCUUUAUUCUCGGUGAACUCAUCUGUUUCCAAGCGCCGGCGGUUCUGGAGGAUAAGUAA